AUGACGGGUAAGUCUGUGUGUGUGACUAAUAGAAAAAGGGCACAAAAUCCAUGAAUUAUUCAUAUUAAUCGAGUGCGAAAGUUUUCGUUUUCACGGAUUAGCAAUAAUUAGAGUAUCGGUGACCGAUCGGGCAUCAAAGUGCGCUCUUCCGAAAAUGCGAAAAGAUGAAAUCUGAAAAAAAAAUGAAGAAACGUCGAGGAGCCAUUUUAUUUUGCCAUUUUCCACAAUAUUCUGAAAGGAAAUUCUCAUUGUUUUUUGCAAGAAUCAUCUAGACGUUAUUCCACGAUUCUAGUAAAAAUGCGCGUAAAGUGGAAUGUGUAAUUGAAUGCCAAUUAGUCGAAUACGUAAUGUUGCGCUCCCUCCUUUUCCACACCGAUUUCCUGCGCCUUCGUCUCCAAUUUUCCGGUUGUCGUCUUCGUGCUCCGUGAGCUCCGAAAGGAAAAGAGAGAGAGAGAGAGAGAGCACAAAGUCAUAAUCCGGGGUGCACUUGGAGCUCACGGAGACAAGGAGCAGUUAAUUGGAAAAGAAGAAAAAGACGAAGAAGUCAUCAACUCGGCAACGGCUAAUUGAAGAAAUGGGUGAAAAGGGAAAGUGAGGAAAUGAAGAAGUCAAGGGGUCUCGAAAGAGAGAAAAAAGAGUUUCACAAUGAAAAUUCGAUUUUUCAAGUCUUGAACUGAUAUUGUUAAGUUUUCCGGCUUGUACUAGCUAAUUUCGAUAAAAGCAAGAAGUGUCUAUAAAAUAAAGUGCAUCGUUCGAGCUUCAAAAAAUUAUCCCAAGCACUUUUCCUUAUACUGCACAAAAAGGGACCUCACUGACCUGACCGCCAAGUUUAUUUUUUUCCCACAAAACCUUUUUUUUUCUUGUCAACAACCCUAAAACGUUGUUCUUUUCCACUAGAAUCAUCCACUUGAGAAUCUUCAGAAUCCAUCCAGCAUUUUCGUUGUUCCUCUUUUUACGCUUGGCUCCAAAAUGAGUGAAGGGGAAACGAAGCCGUGUAAUUGUUGAGCAAUAAUCUAAUUUUCUUCUUUCUUCUUCACAAAGAGCCCAAAAUUUUCGGUGUGACGUCCUCAAAACGCAGAAUUCAUAUAGCACAAAAAGUUGGAAAGAGAGGGGAAACGAGGAGGUCCAUACCCGUAUUUAUUGGGUUAUAAAAAUGUCCGAGUUUAGAGUUUUUAUGGACUUUCCCUUUCUUUCAAGACAUUCUCCCCAUGCCCGUCUUUCUGGGGGGACUUGUGCUCAGAAUUUCCAAUUUGCACAGGGUUCGCCAUCUUUUUCGUACCUUUUCGACAUUCGAUCUGUUCACCGGAUGCCCCUAGAAAGCGGAAAAGGACACCCCCCGUCUCAGUGAGCAAGCUCCGAUCCGAACCGAGAGUCGAGUGUCACAUUUUUGAAUGAAUGCACAUUUUUGAGCGGAUAAUUGUACUAAAAUGCGAUUAGAACGCAACAAGGAGACGCUUUCGACAAGAUGGAAAUUGAAAAUUCUGAAUAAUUGGGUCUUUCAAUUAAAUAGGGAACGUCUUCUGACAAGAAGACAAGUGGUUAAUUGGCGGGAGGUAAUGUUUUUGUACAUGUACAGGAAAUACUAACGGAUCGGUUUUCCAGUGAAAACAACAAAAUAAAUAAACGAAUACGGCUUUGGCAGCGUCUAAAGAUUGUAGUUUAUAGUUUGAGCAGCCCUAAAUUCACGAGAUCAGCCCCUAAGAAGUUUAGUUUGUAGUCUAAACAGCACCAAGCGUGCUGUAAAUGCGUAUUUAGACCCUUUUCUGUGUUGCAGCCGGUCUACAAUGCCUCGAAGGAUCCGAUUGUGUGCUGGACGCCUCGUGCGGAGAGUGUUCCGGCGUCGCCUGCACCCGUGUCGUGUCCCACAACAUGGACGAUAACAAAGAAGUGGCACUCACGUGUCUCCCCUAUGAUACCAGGUCUCGUUGCUUUUUCCCUUAUUAAUUGACAACUGGUCAGUUGGUCUCCUCAAUCCGUUGCCGCUCGCUUGUCUAUCAGAGUUGAGCGGAAGAACUCAAGAGCAAAGUGAACUCUGCUCAUAAAAAAAUAAUUGUAAAUUUAGCUUUUCACACAAAAAAGUUAUUCGAGUUGUUCCGUGAAAAUGUCCUUCCGUUUUCCGUUAGCCCAAUUUUUCACGGAACAACUCGAAUAACUUUUUUGUAUAAAAAGUUAAAUUUACAAUUAUUUUUCUAUGAGCAGAGUUCACUUUGCUAUACAUUUCGUCAGUUGAUCACAUUCCAUGACAAAAUUUUCUAAAAAAGAUAAAAAUUCAACUCUGUUGUCUAUGGUGGCAGAGCAUUCGACUGCAGAUCGAGAGGUCCCCGGUUCAACUCCGGGUGCCCCCUACUUUAUUUUAUUUCUUUUUCGGCAAACAUUUUCUGUUUUCAAUCCUAAAACUGAUAUUGUAAAUUUGCAGAAACUACCACAAACCACAACUCGAAGAGCAAGGCUGUCGAGUGAUUGGCGAUCGUCAAACUUGUAUUUGUUAUAGCCACGAUUACUGUAACUCUUGCCCCGCCCGCGUAUUUUCAUUUUCUCUUUCUUUCUACGGUUUCAUUAUACUAAUAUUGUCUAUUUUCCACUAACUUUUCCUUUCAUUUCCCCCCAUCUUUUUUUAAAAACAGUCUUUUGAUUUGAAUUAAUUGAAUUAAAAGUGAAAUUUUUGCGGUGAAAGUUGUUCGGUUUUUGAUUUGAAACACCCUUAAAAACAAAAAUGUGUCUGCGCCUCUUCGCAUUCAAUCGUAUUGUGUUUUUCAAUGAAUUAUGUGAGGGCGCGGGGUGUAAAAGUAUAAAAGUGAAGUAGUGGAUGGUUUUUGGAACUGUUAUACCGGUUUGUUCCAGUUAAUCCAAUUAUCGUGUUUUUUUUCGGUUUUUGAGAUUUUUGUUAUUGAUGUCAGGGUCGGUCAUUGAUGAAAACGGGCUUAUUCGCAAAUUUCGGUGUAAUUUUUUGAUUAAUUUUUACUGAACAACUCACGCAACGCCACAAGUUAACGGUUUUGCCAGACCCCCUUAAUUUUCAAGGUCUUCCUCCUCUUUUUGCCAUUGUGAUGUUUCUGCCGUUAUCAGCCCGACGUCAUCAGAAGCGAAUUCUCGAAGAAAAUGACCUUCCCAUUUUUUUUGUGUUUGUCACAAUGUUUGACGAAUUCUCAAGGUUUUGUAACCGGUAGACGUCUUGUGCCGUUGAUGUUUUCGUGCGAAUGAGAAGGGCAUUUCGAAUCGGAGAAUUGGAGAAUUCUAGAUGAAAUCACGAGAAGAAUACUACAUGUAGUAUUCUUGAUUUUUUAAAUGAUGAUUGAUCUCUGCAUUCAAUUAGCCUCUUAAGGAAGAUUCUUCUUCACUUAAGAAGUUGACAAAUGAAAAGUGUUACCUCUUAUUAACAAUUUCUUCAGAUUCAAAUUAUAACUUCUGAAGCCAAAAAUUGUGCUAGCAUACUACAAAACCAAUAACUUCUGCAACUUCUGUUGGGUGCAAACUUUUCUGUGAUUUUUGUGAUUUGUAGGCUACAGAAGAUCCCGCCCACUUGCCAACAUCUAUCAAUAACAAAACGGUAGUAGUAAAUAUUUAGUUGUGGCAUUGCCGGUCUCUUACUUUUUCCCAUUUCUCAAUUUUCUUCUUCAUUUUUUGAAAGACAUCGUUAUAAAAAGCAAUUUGACUCAUUUUUAAAUGAAAUGGUUAUUGAGUGCAUUUUUUCUCCAUCCAGCAAUGUAAAAACUUUAAGAAAUGAAUGAAAGCAUUCGCUAAAUAAUUCGCUGAAUAAAUAAAUAAAUAAAGCUUUAAAAAAAAAUUAAGGCGAGAUUCUGACGGCACUAACAAUUUUCUGACAAUACUGAUUAUUCAGAACGAUAUUUAUCUCAUUUGCCUGUAGAGAUAUCAAAAAAUUGUCAACUGAUAAAAUGAUCAUUGAAAAUUGUUUCAUUGUGUACAGUUUUUCAGUUUACCACUUUUCGAUAUCAUUACAGGCAGCUGAGAUAUUGAACGGACGGUAUCGUUCUAUUGCAUGGUAUCUAACCUUUUGUCUUUGUUCUAUCUAAACAAAAAUUUUAUUUUUUCUUAGAAAUGCACCUUACCUGCUCACUUUUACUGGCGGCCACAGUCCUCCUGGUUCUUCCGUAUGGAACUUUCGAGGUAAGUCAAUUGAAGAAAAAAGUUUUUGCUACUUGAUUUAUGAUUUUCAGUGCGCCACGAACGGACUUUGCGGAUAUCAGCCGACUUGCGCCUCGUACCAACCACCGCCCCAAACUUGCGGAUGCGCCAGAAGUUACGGAUGCGGAUCCUAUGGCUGCUACAGACUCAGAGCUCGCGGAGCCAAGAGUUAUCAGCCGAAGAGAGGACGCUCCCGGGUUACUGUAGGCAGUUCCGAGGAGGCCAGAGAGGUGCUCAAGCAGAGGUACGAAUACAAUGUUUUUCUUCGUCUUUCAUUACUAAACAACAAUAAUAUUGGUGCACAUGGUGCAUCGGACAAAAAAUGUCACUUUCAUUUCAGAUUGGCCAUGGAAAGAGUACGUAGAAAGCAAGAGCUCACCGAGUCCGAAGAGCUUGACCUGGUUUCGCCAUCAGUUUCUAGAAAUAGAAAUGCAGACGGACCGAUUGUAAGUAUUGUUAAUUCUCCAAGCUUCUCCAAACGUUACCAAUUAUUUUGAGCUAAAGCAAGAGUCUGUCGCAUUGAAAAAAAUACGACUUUUCGAUAUUAUCGGUUUGCAGAACCCGGACCGCGCGUUCUACGAGUGUUGCAUCGACCGUAAACUGCCGGACGCGUGCCUGUCCAAGUGCAGCUUCGGCGCAUUCACCAAGUCGUCCCUUCAGGCGAUGUACUUCAAACAGGACCCGUGCCCCCUGGACGCAAUGAAGGAAAUGCAAUUCUGCGCUGCUCAGGGCAGGUGAGUCUAUAACAUUCUUUUUUUUUUGAAACACUGUUGUGAAGUUCCAUAUUUUUAAUUUCGUUUCGUUACCCUCGAGACCAUCUGUAUAAAGACACAAGAAAUUGUGCAAAGUCGGCCGAAAUUUGCGUGAAAAACGGGGGUGCCUCCAAAACUACGGUAUUUUUUGAAAAUUUGUCAAUUUCUUGAGGAUAGGUUAUUUGAAAAUAUUCAAAUUUCUUGCGCAAAUUUUCAAAAAAUACCGUAGUUUUGGAGGCACCCCCCCCCCUUUUUCACGCAAAUUUCAGCCGACUUUGGACAGAAAAACCUGCGGUUUUUCCGGUUUUUCCGAGGCUUUGGACGCCGCAUAAUAAAAAAAAGUGUUCAGAGACCACCGUGCGUGCUGUGCCCGAAACGGAGUGACGACCACCCUGGCGGGUCCGAAAUGUCUCUCCUUCUGCGAUCAACGUCUCGGACACCCCCAACAGCUUGACAUGUCGUUUGUGCCGUGCUUCGAUCGGUUCGAAUCGAUGAAAUCGUGCUUCUGGCACGAUAUGACUCGAUAUUAUAGAAAGGCUUAG